GAUAUCUGCAUUAAUACCAUUCUGUUCACAUCGUCACCAUCAUCCUCAUCAUCCUCAUCAUCAUCACCACCACCAUCAGCAGUCAUGUCCUCUCGUUCUCUCCUGCUGCUUCUGCUGGUUCUCGCCUGCCUUCAGUCCUUCACAAUGGCCCAGCAUGGAAAUGGACCAAAGAAAUGCUGUUUCAGUUACCAGACAAAACACAUCCCUGUAAGAUUCAUUAAAGCGUAUCAAGAAACAGAGCGUCAGUGUUCAGACCCUGGAGUCAUCUUUGCCCUAAAGGACGGCCGUCAGGUGUGUGCAGACCCCGGAGUCGAGUGGGUGCAGAACAACAUGAAAAAAUUUACCAGCGCCUGAUCCAAACUCUGUCGAGUGUUUAAAUCCUCUGUCCAUUAAUUAAUUAAGAUUUUUUUGUUUGUUUCAAAAAAUGCACUUUUUAUUUAUUGGACAGUAAGAAUAAAGCAUAAAGAGUUUUAUUAUAAUUCAUAUUUAAACCUUUGCUUAAAAUAUUCUAGCAUUAUGUAACUGAUUUAAACUAUCGACCUGUCGGCAUAAAUUCCUUUAUUUUUUAUACAUAUUAAAGGACAUUUUAAAUGCAA